UAACUUUUCCAUAUGGCUGCAAGGAAAAAUGUGGAGUGCUUUGGGAAAGAGCUGCUUUGUCCCAUCUGCCGACGGCUGUUCUGGGAGCCGGUGACCCUGGAGUGUGGCCACAGUUUCUGCAGCCUCUGUAUCCUGGAGAAAAGAGCGGAGGAGGGAGAGGAGAAGCUGCAAGCCUGUCCGCAGUGCCUGGAGGUGUUCCCUCACCGCAACCUGCGGGUGAACCAGGUGCUGAGCAGCUUGGCCCGUGCCGCUCACCAGCUGGGUGAGGAGGGAGCCACUCACUGCUGCCUGGCACACCGAGAGGAGAUGAAGCUGUUUUGUGAAACAGACAACGAGCUGAUCUGUGUUGUGUGCCGAGAGGGCUGGGAGCACAGGGACCACCGAUGCAGGCCGCUAGCCGACGCCGUUGAGAUCCAUAAGGAGAAAUUGAAGUCAUCUUUCGAGUUUCUCACUGAGAAAAAAGCUGCUAUUUUAGAAAUCGAACGUAAACACAAGCAGGAUAUUAUAGCGGUGAAGGAACAGGGAAGAGAUCUGCUCAGACACAUUAUCUCCGAGUUUGAAGAAAUCCGACAGAUUCUCAACACAAAAGAGAAUGAGUUAAUCCAAGACCUGAAAGAGAGAGAAGAGAGCAUUUUACAAACAAUAGACAAGAACCUCCAGCAAAUUCAGCGUGACCUCGACUUCUUUCACCAGGAAUUAUCGGAGCUGCAAAGGAGGCUGGAUGAAAAGGACCAACUCACUUUUCUGAAGGAGGCAAGCUGUCACGUGAUCAGUAAAAUGCAAGAUUGGAAAUCGUUGGCUUUGGAACACGGACAUCUCCCUCUGGGAGAAUUCAAAGGCCCUUUACAGUAUAAAGUAUGGAAAGAGAUGAUUCACCAUAUUAGUCCAGCUCCAGCCUCCCUAACGUUGGACCCAAAGACAGCACAUCCUGAGCUGAACCUGUCUGAGGACCUGAGCAGUGUGAGGCACAAGGUCCAGUGGAACGAGCUGCCCGACACACCGGAGAGGUUUGAUGAGUGCGUCAGCGUCCUGGGAGCCCAGGGGUUUGACUCGGGAAGGCACUACUGGGAGGUCCAAGUGGGAGACAAAACCAAGUGGGACGUGGGCAUGGUGAGAGAGUCCAUUAACCGGAAGGGAGCCAUUGCAGUAGCGCCAGUCACUGGAUACUGGCUUGUGGGGUUGAGGAAUGGCAACCGGUACGAGGCCUGUACUUCACCCCCUACCCCCCUCACCCCGAAGGCGAAACCCCGGAAGAUCGGGGUGUACCUGGACUACGAGGGGGGUCAGGUGUCGUUCUACAACGCGGACAACAUGUCCCAUCUCCACACUUUCACUGAAACCUUCACCGAGAGGCUGUACCCCAAUCUCAGCCCCUGUCUGACUGAGGGGGAUAGUAAUGCCGGGGACCUCAAAAUCUGCUGGAUUGAAUUAUAGAGUCGCACGAUGGUUACAGCACAGAAGAAGGCCAUUCGGCCUGUCGUGUCCAUGACAGCUCCCUGCAGGAGUGAGUCAGUGUGUCCCACAACCCCACCCACCCUGUCUAUUCCCUAUAGCCCUACAAACAUCUCUCUCUCUUCAGGUAAUAAUCCAAUUCCCUUUUGAAAGCCCCAGUUGGAUGAGGGAAACACAAAGGGAGGACCGUUCCCUCCAGGAGACCCUGGUCUGUUCCUCUAUCACCCCCAGCUCCUCAUCCCCUUCCCAUGGCACCUUCCUGUGCAACUGCAGGAGGCAUAACACCUGCCCCUUUACCUCUCCCUCCUCUCUAUCCCAGGACCUGAAACUCCUCUCAGAUGAAGCAGCUUCACUUGCACCUCCUUCAGUUUGGUCUAAUUUAUUCGCUGCUCCCAAUGCGGUCUCCUCUACACUGGGGACCAAACGCAGACUGGC